UCUUAGACAAGCAUACAUCAAAGUGUACUUUGGGAUAUUGGGCUCUAUCUGACCGCGUCAUCUUGGUCAAGCUGAAGGGAAACCCAUUCAAUGUGAGCAUCAUUCAAGUAUAUGCGCCAACAUCGGACGCUGAUGAUGAAGAAGUUGAGAAAUUCUAUGAAACUGUUGAUGAGGCUUACUGCCAAUGCAAAUCUGCUGACAUCAAGAUUUUGAUGGGUGACCUCAAUGCAAAAGUUGGUGCAGAUAGGGACGGAAAGAUUGUUGGUCCUUUUGGCCUCGGUGUACGCAAUGAGCGUGGCAACCGGUUUGUGGAUUGGUGCAACCGUAACGGACAAGUCAUCACCAACACAUGGUUUAAGCAUCAUCCAAGGCGCUUGUAUACGUGGAUUAGCCCAGGUGACCGUGUGCGCAACCAAAUCGAUUUUAUCACAAUCAAUGAACGAUUUCGCAAUUCGGUUUUUAACUCAAAGACUUACCCUGGGGCAGACUGCAACAGUGACCAUAAUCCCGUUGUUUUGACAAUGAAACUUCGGCUGAAGAACGAGAAGAAAAGCAACCGAAAGAAGCAAUUAGAGUACAAAGAACUGAAGAAUGAUAAUACCAGGUGUGAGUUCAAAAGAAGAUCAACUGAAAGACUUGACCUGAGUACUCCGAAAGCAGAACUAUGGCAUGUGGUUCGAGAUGCCCUCAAAGAGGCGGCCGAGAUGAGUUUGCCUGAGAAGAAGAAGCUGAAAUUUGGCAAGAACUGGAUGACUGAGGAGAUUUUGAAGUUGAUGGAACGGCGGAGGCUUCUAAAGAACAGAAAUGAAGUGCAAUAUAUUGAGCUAUGCCGAGAGAUCCGUAGAAAAUGUAAUAAAGCGAAAGAGGCCUGGCUGAAUAAAGAAUGCGAAGAGAUGGAACGAAAGGGCUGCACAAACUCAAACGAGAUAUUUGAUAAGGUCAGGAAGCUAACAGGGAAAAGAAGUAACAACAGAAGUGGUUGUAUUCGUUCGGAAACUGGAGUCAUGCUGACAGAACCUCGUGGCAUUUGCGGCAGAUGGGAGCGUUACAUCACUGAACUGUUUCACGAUAAUCGAGGCGAACCACCACACAUCGAGGCUAACAUCGAUGGUCCUGAGAUAACGAAAGAUGAGAUCCGGAAUGCCAUUAGGAAGAUGAAGAAAGGCAAGGCAUUGGGCCCAGACGAUGUCCCGGUUGAGUUAUUCGAAGCAAUGGGUGAAGAAGGAAUAAAAUUGCUGCACACGAUACUCAAUCACGCAUAUGAUACCGGUGAACUUCCAGACGACUUUCUUCGCUCGGUCUUCAUUGCGCUGCCUAAGAAACCCGGCGCUACCGAGUGCAAGGACCAUCGUACCAUCAGUAUUAUGAGCCACUCUGUGAAACUUCUCCUCACCAUCAUUCUUGAACGAGUCAGAACAAAACUGCGGCCUGAGAUCGCAGAUGAGCAGUUUGGUUUUAUGCCCGAUAAAGGCACAAGGAACGCCAUUUUCACUCUUCGGAUGCUUUGUGAGAGGGCUAUUCAACAUCAACAAGUGGUGUUCCUAUGUUUCAUCGACUACGUUAAAGCGUUCGACAAAGUUCAGCACGAGAAGCUCCUGAAACUUCUGCAAGAACUCAACAUUGAUGGAAAGACAUUCAAUUGA